UGUACUGUUACACUUUUUUGAGGAUUAAAAUACCUUCAUCAUCCAUUAUAUCUCUCACCUUUAUUCUUAUUGUGUAGAUCUCCAAUGAAUGGCGAUUGAGCAACAAGUCAAAGGAUGUCCCUGUCUUUCUCUUCUUUCCACAGACUCAUAUUGAUGUUGUGAUAUGGGAGUUUAAAGGCAAAAAAUGGACUCCGCUGUAGUAAAUUAUUUGAUUGACAAUAUCCUUUCAGUGCUUGCAAUUGAAACAUCAUUGUUAUGGGGGGUUCGUGAUACAGUCGUUGAUGUGAAGAAUGAGUUGAUAAGCAUGCAAUCUUUUUUAGUAGAUGCGGAUAAGAAGGGAACAAGCAAUGAAGCAGAGAAAACUUGGGUGGCAAGUGUGAGAGACAUGGCAUAUGAGGUUGAAGAUAUUAUUGAUCGGUUCAUGUAUCACAUCAAUAGCCAACGAAUUGGUGGUCGAUCUGUCAGGUUCCUUCACCACACUAUUUACUUUCCACAAAACCUAUGGGUGAGGCAUCAAGUCGCUACCAAGUUACACAAAAUCAACAAGAAAAUCAGGACCAUUCCAGAGGUGAACCAAAGAUAUGGUGUUAAUCAUAUAGUGGGUAAAAGUUCUAACGAUAAUCACAAGUGGAUCGUGCGUCGUGGUGAAUCUCCUUUGUUUCAUAAAGAAGAUGAACUUGUGGGAAUAGAAAAUAAAAGGCAAUUGAUAAUGGGUUGGUUGAUGGAUGGAGAACCACGUCAGACUGUCAUUUCAAUAGUCGGGAUGGGUGGUUCUGGAAAGACCACACUAGUUGCCAACACUUACAACAAUGAUGAUGUAAAGAAACAUUUUGAUUGUUGGGCUUGGAUCACAGUUUCCCAAGCAUAUGAAUUAGAAAACUUAUUGAGGAGCUUGAUUAAGGAAUUCUAUGAGUCAAGGAAGGAAGCAUAUCCAGCAGACUUGAGUUCCAUGAACUACAGAUUGUUAGUAAAAACACUAGUGAACUAUUUAGAGAAGAAAGUGUAUCUACUUGUUGUAGAUGAUGUUUGGGACACAAACCUCUUGGAUGAAAUAAAAGUAUCAAUUCAAGAUAGUUGUCUUGGGAGCAGAAUCAUCCUUACCACCCGAAAAGAAGAUGUAGCUUGCUAUCCUUUGGGAGGUAAACAUCACGUUCAUCAUAUGCAACUGUUGCAAAAGGAAGAGGCUUGGGAACUCUUUUGCAAGAAAGCAUUCUCAAGUAAUCCAAAUGGAAGUUGCCCACUAGAGCUUGAAUCUUUUGCUCAAGAACUUGUGGGAAAAUGCGAAGGCCUACCUCUUGCAAUUGCAGCUUUGGGCAGUCUUAUGUACUCUAAGAAUAUGUGUCAAUGGAAUGAAAUUUACAACGGCUUGAAUUGGAGUCUAAGUAAAAAUCCUAAGCUAGAAUCAGUGAAGAGCAUUUUGUUUCUUAGUUUCAAUGAUUUACCAUAUCAGUUGAAACAUUGUUUCUUAUAUUGCUCCCUUUUCCCAGAAGACCAUGAGAUUCAAAGAAAAAUGCUCACUAAGCUAUGGAUGGGUGAGGGAUUUGUAGAACAAGUUGAAGGGUCCACUUUAGAAGAAGUAGCAGAUAGCUAUCUAGUAGAACUCAUUUUUCGAAACAUGCUUCAAGUUGUAGAGAGGAAUGAAUUCGAAAGGCCAAGGAUAUGUAAAAUGCAUGAUCUUUUGCGGGAGCUUGCUCUAUCAGUAUCCAUCAAAGAAAAGUUUGGUGCUGUAUAUGAUGGAGGAGAAGAAAUGAAAGAAUGCAAAGCACGCCGCAUUUCAAUUCACAAAUCUGAUGGAGAACUCAAAUCAUUUACAGGUAUGUCAAAGCUUCGUUCUUUUCUUGUUUUUAACAAGUCGUUGAAAACAUUGCCUUCCGGAAGUAAAAUGUUAAGGGUUCUAAAUUUGGAGGAUGCCCCAAUUGAUAAAUUGCCUGAUGAACUAUUCAAAUUAUUCAACUUAAGAUAUUUGAAUUUAAGGGGAACUUUACUUAAGAAGCUCCCAAAUUCCAUAGGGAGGCUCCUUAAUCUUCAAACCUUGGACAUUGGGGGCACACAAAUAGAGUCUCUUCCUCAUGGAAUAGGAAAGUUGCAAAACUUGCGGCAUUUAAUAAUGUAUCGCUACACUGGAAAUUGGAAUGAGUUCAGAUAUUCUAUAGGGAUGCAAGCACCAUUAAAUAUCGGCCAGUUAAAGAAUUUGCAAACUGUGUGUUAUUUUGAAGCAAAAGUUGACUUGAUAAGACAAUUUCGAAGUAUGACCCAACUUACCUCGAUUGGUAUUGGCAACGUGAAAGAAGCAGAUGAGACAGACUUAUGUAUCACAAUUCAAAACAUGAGACUUCUUUGCUUGUUGUCUGUCAUGGUAACUAAUGAGGACGAAACUCUCCGAAUGGAUGGACUCUCAUCUCCUCCUCCUAACCUUCAAAGGCUUUCCUUGAUCGGAAAACUAGAAACAGUGCCACAGUGGUUUCGUUCACUUCAAAGCCUUACCCAUUUGCAGUUGCAUUGGUCAAGGCUAGCAGAAGAUCUACUCCCACACAUUGCUGAUUUGCCACAUUUGGGACAUCUCACACUUAGUAAUGCCUAUGUUGGAAAACAAAUAUGUUUCAGUACAGGCUUUCCUAAGCUUACAAAAUUGGAGAUUCGUAAUUCCCCUCAGUUGAGCAAGAUAAUAAUAGAAAAGGGGGUGAUGCCCAAUAUGAAAUCUCUAGGUAUUGACAGUUGCAUUGAGUUAAAGACAGUGCCCAAGGGCAUUGAAUACCUUAAAAAUCUCCAAGAAUUGGUUUUGGCAUCUGUCUCAAUGGAACUUCAACAUCGCAUCGAGGGAGAAGGAAGCGUGGAUUUUCCAAAGGUGCGGCACAUCCCAAAGAAGUGCAUCUGGUAGUAGUAAUUCAUAAUGUUUCAUGAAGGUGCGUAUGCAUGUAAGAAUGUCUGUUUGUGGUAUGUCAAGCCCACCAUAUGUUCGAGGAAAGUCCCCUGUGGAAGUUGUAUGAUUGGGACUAGGAAGAUACAAGAUGUUGACAUACGAACCCCAAGAGUUUUGCUGGAUUUUUCAUUAUUAUGUGUCUUUCUAGCGUGUUGAUUAUCCAAAGCUUGCUUGUGAUUUCACUUUUGUGUAUAUAGAUUCCUAAGAUUUGGUUUGGUUAUGAUGUCUUAUUUCUGGUCUGUUUUAGUAAGCCACAUGUUAGCCUGUGAUUUGUGUGUGUGUAUAUAUAUUUGUUUCAAACUUCUGAGUGCUUACUUUGCUUCUUGUAUAAUAUGAGAACUGGUCAUCACGAGAAAUAUUGAUUAAUAAUAGCUUCUUUCUUCUUUC